UCUCCAGGAGCGAAGCAACAAGAUGGGAUUAUUGUCGAUUCUUCGUAAGCUGAAGAGCACACCAGACCAGGAGGUGAGGAUCCUGCUGCUCGGCCUUGACAACGGAGGAAAGACCACAGUCCUAAAACAGCUCGCCUCCGAAGACAUCAGCCACAUCACCCCCACGCAGGCUUUCAACAUCAAAAGUGUCCAGUCUCAGGGCUUCAAACUAAACGUGUGGGACAUCGGGGGCCAGAGGAAGAUCAGACCCUACUGGAGGAACUACUUUGAAAACACAGAUGUCCUGAUCUACGUCAUCGACAGCGCCGACAGGAAGAGGUUCGAGGAGACGGGGCAGGAGUUGGCCGAGCUGCUGGACGAGGAGAAGUUGAGCGGCGUCCCGGUUUUAAUCUUCGCAAACAAACAGGACCUGCUGACGGCGGCUCCGGCCUCCGAGAUCGCAGAGGGACUCAACCUUCACACCAUCAGGGACCGAAUCUGGCAGAUCCAGUCGUGCUCGGCGCUCACCGGGGAGGGCAUCCAGGACGGCAUGAACUGGGUUUGCAAAAGCGUCAACUCCAAAAAAAAGUAGCUCCUCCUCCUCGUCGUCGUCUUGAGCGCCGGAAGAACCUCACACUACGACUGAGAGCGCCCCCUGGGUCUGAGCAGGAGGACUGCACUCGAAUGUACCACUACUGCUACAGCUAAAGCCAACGCGCCCCAACUCUUUAACCCUCCAGCCACUUUCAUGUCUUAACCAUCGAACGGGAUUUUUGACGUCCGGACCACAGACCGAACACACAGAAACCCCCCGUCACUUUUAUUUAUUUAUUAUUUUAGGCUAAAAUAUCAACAUCGUGUCUUUAGUUUCCCCAGAAGCAGUGGAAAAAAUCAAAAAAAUAUAGAAAAAAUUAUAUCAGAAUAAACAAAAACAGUUCAUUUCAGUUUAAUUUUCAGCCCCAAGUUUUCUACAGUUUUUAUUAAUCGCACUUUUCAAUUGAUUAAAAGUAAAUUCAUUAUUAAAAAAUGUGAAAUACCCGACGGAAAAUUACAAAAUGUGAUUUAAAAACUGGUCCUCACUUUUACUUCAGUUUGAGUGUUCACACAGGUUUGGACCUCAUGGAGACUUGGUUCGGUCCUGGUCUAGUCUUUGUCUAAUCUUGGUCUAGUCCUGGUUUGGUUUUGGUUUAAUUAUCGUCUACUUCUGGUCUAGUCUCGGUUUAGUCUCAGUCUAGUCCUGGUUUAGUCCUGGUUUAGUCCUGGUCUAGGCUCAGUCCAAUCUUAGUUUAAUCUUGGUUUAGUCCUGAUUCCGUCCUGGCUUAGUCCUGGUUUAGACCCGGUCCAGUCUCGGUCCAGUCUUGGUCUAGUGUCACUCCAGUCCUGUUUUAGUCCCGGUUCAGUCCUGGUCUAGUCCCAGUCUAGUCCCGGUUCAGUUCUGAUGUAGUCUCGGUCUAGUCUCG